CAUCCUCCACUGACAGAAGGUCUACCGGAAUUUCCCCCAAAAUGAUUUGGGUGAAAAUAACAAGGGAGUGGACUUUUACUUUCAAUAUCAUUUGACUUUGGGCUCAGCCAUAGGCUAUAUCACAUCUUGUCGGCUUACAAGACCCAGGCUACUGAAAAUAAUGUUUUUCUCCGACAUAUUUUUGGUUGUUUCUUUGAUGACCUUUCUGCGGGACUUCCAUGUGUCCAGCUGUGAUCCCAGCUGUACAGAUAAACCUGAGUUCACUCCAACCAGACUGGUAGUGAAGUAUGGUGACCCAACCUCUGCCAGCUGCUCUCUAUGUCAGCAUGCUUGCCUCGGCAACAAAACCAUUUCUAAUGUGGAGAGCCCUGUUGGAGACUCAGCAAAAAACGGAACCACAAUUUUAUGGACGGUUGACAGACUGACUGAAUGGCACAUAUCUCCAGUGUGCUAUUAUAGCAAUGCUGAUUACCAGUGUUGUAGCACCCUGCAUGUAACUGUGUACCAGCCUCCACACAGAGUGUCCAUCAGCUUUGUUAAUCACACUGGGCCGAUGUUUGAGGGUCAUCAGUACACUCUGCAGUGUACAGUACAGCACGUUGCUCCUGUUGAAAACCUCGUUGUCAAGUUCUACAGAGGACAGACAGCGCUGGGUCAACCUCAGUCCAACAACAACAUAGAGAAGAAUCCAGUGACUGCGAUCUUCUCUUUAAACAUCACACCCAGUAAAGAAGAUGAUGGAGUCCAGUUCUGGUGUGAAGCAAAGCUAGAACUGGGACCUGAUGGACCACAGCUCCCUCCAGUGGUGACGUCAGAAAACAUCACAGCCACUGUGUACUAUAAGCCUCAACUAAAGUCAUCACAUUCAAAUAUCACCGUCGCAGAAGGAAACUCUCUACAACUGAACUGCUCGGCUGUGGGAAACCCCAGCCCCAUGUACACGUGGACAUCAGAUAUCCGUUCCUACUCCAGUGGCAGCGUUCUCACUAUCGACUCUGUAACGUCUGAGGAUAAAGGGCUGUACACCUGUUCUGUCAGCAACCAUGUGGGGACUGUCACUGUGACGUUUAAUGUUGAUGUCGAAGGUGAGUUUGAAGUGUUGCAGUUGUCUGCAGUAAGCUACAUUGGACUCAUUAUAGGUGUGAUUGCAGCAGUUGGUGUUCUGGUUGUCAUCUCUGUAAUAAUUGGAUACUCAUUUUUCUACAAACCCAAUCGGAUGGGACAAUACAACCUGAAGGAGGUUUUCUGUUUGCACACAAAACACUCUGCCGUGCCCUCUGUGGAGUAAGCCUGCGGUACGGCAUGAAAUGUGUAUGGGCUGGUUGCAUCUAGCUCUCCCUCAUUUCCUGUCAUGUCUCUACUGAAGCUAUCUAAUGACAUAAAAUGCCACUAAUCAUAAAAAAGGAGUUUAAGUCAAGUUUCAACUUGUGUAACCUAAACUGAAUGGAACAAGUCACUAGCUCUCUGUCUUUACAGUAGCUUAAUUUACUGUAAAGCACAGUGUUACACUUAUUAAGGAGAAUGUAUACAGCUCAGGACAGUUAAAACAGGUAUUAAAGAGAAUAGAAAAUAAAAAAGUUAAAAUAGAGCAUGACGGGUAUACAAAAUAUAAUAUAAUAUAAAAGAUACAGUGCAGUUUAAGAAAUUAACUAUUACUUAAUUUAAUAAAAGGCAGCAUCAAAGAGAAAAGUCUUCAGCCUAGAUUUAAAAGAACUGAGGAGUGCAGCACACUGCACUUGUAAAACUAUGUAAAAACUGAACGCUGCUUCUCCAUGUUUAUUUCUCACUCUGGGGACAGAAAACAUGACCCAAUGACUGAAAAUGUCUGGGUGGGUCAUAAUGAGGCAGAAGAUGUAAAAACAAAACAAUAAACAGUUUGCUAAGGGAAAUGGGAAACUAGAUUCAAGUCAAUAUUAUGUGGUGCCAAUUCGGCCAAUUUUGGCUGAAACAUCCAGUGUGGCUGUUUUAUUGUUUGUCUCUGUUGUAUUUCAGUUGUGUUACUGCAAAGAACUUCAGAUGUGUUGUAUAUAUAAAGCUUAAGAGUAGUAUGUGAAAUUGCUCACAUUGACCUUCACAGUUGUGUGUUAACCCACUGAAAAUGUGUGCCUGACUUCAUUUCAACCCAUAGACAGAGCAACAGUUUCCUGUUUCCGUGUGAAUGUGCAUGAAUUUGUUUUGUACAUUGUGUGUAUGUAUGUGUAUGUACGCUGCAUUGAUGUUAGUGACACUGAAAAAGAAGAAUGUAUACAAGCAACUGUAUAAUAAUGAACUGCUCACUGGAACUUUAAUAAGGAAAUGUAAGGUUUUAUCACGUUUAUUAUUUUGUUUUUUAAAUAAAUGACACUUUGUUCAUGUUCAAUGAGAUGCACACUUUUCAUUAAUAUUUUAUGGCAUUUAAAGUACUUGCAAAUACAUGGAACAAGGUACUGUCA